CGGACGGAACGUUUGAACGGCGAUUUGGCGACAUUUAAACCGCCGGUUUGCGGUGGACGCGGCGCGUGCGGAGACGUUAGACGUUCACGACUAAACAGCACGUACGGCACCAUUUGGACGAUGCGCUCGAGCGAGACCGUCUCCAAAUGCGUGUGCCGGGCGGCCGCCAGCGUUUGACUGACAUACAUCUGGGGUUUUCUGUUGAAGGUUGGUCCCCCGCAGCCCCCGGUAGCGAUGGAAGGAGCCGUUUUGCCGCCCCGUCUGGACGAAUUCAUGCGGAGCGCACUCGUCACUUGGGUGAGGACAUUCGUGCCACUAGAUGGGGACAUGAACUUUGACUUCUCUGUACUACUGGACGGAGUCUUUUUGAAUGAUGUCAUGACACAAAUAAAUCCCUCAGCUACACCUGCAAAGAAAGUGAGCAGGGAUCCGAGUCAGAGGACGCAGAACCUGAACGUUCUCGUCCAGCGAAUCAAAACAUAUUACCAGGAUAACCUGAGACAAUUUAUCAUGAUUCCUUUGCCAAACGUGUUGCUGCUUGGCAGGACUCCUUACUGUGAACAAAGUCCGGAGGAAAUGAAUAAGCUUUUAAUGCUUCUGUUGGGAUGUGCAGUUCAGUGUGAGGAAAAAGAGGAAUACAUUGAGAGGAUCCAGACACUUGAAACAAAAGCUGCCAUAGCUGCACACAUUCAUGAGGUGACCCACAGUCAGGAGAACGUGCUGGAUCUGCAGUGGUUGGAGUCCAGCGAGGUUCACCCGACUGACUUUGAGGUCGCAGCGAGGAACCUGGCCACGCACCUGCAACGUGUGCUGGACCAGAGGGACACCCAUCUGGAGACUAUAGCGCAGCUCAUGCAGGAAAAGGAAGGUGUGGUUAGUCUGCUCAACAGCCCCUCCAGCCCGCAGUCUGGCAGCUACUCCCCCAGCAUGCAGCAGCAGACAGGUACUCAACAACACCUGUCUGUGGAGCUGGCCGACUCUAAGGCCAAGAUCAGACGACUUCGACAAGAACUAGAGGAGAAGAGUGAGCAGAUGCUGGACUGCAGACAUGAGCUGGAGAACAUGGAGGUGGAGCUGAAGAGGAUCCAGCAGGAGAACUCCCAACUGCUGGUAGACGCCCGCGCAGCGCGCACGUACCGGGACGAGCUGGACGCCCUCAGAGAGAGAGCCAUGAAGGCAGACAAGCUGGAGAGCGAAGUGGGACGCUACAGAGAACAACCCAAGAUGGAGGUCUGCAAAGCCAAAGUGGAGGAGUUAAAGGAGGAUAACAGAGUGCUACAGGAGACCAAGGAGGUGCUGGAGGAUCAGUUGGCAGGCUGGAGAGCAAGCUCCGAUAGAAUACACCAUCUGGAGAAGCACAGUCUGCUGCUGGAAACCAGGGUCCAUGACAUGGAGCAGGAGAGGGAGGCGGAGCGAAAGCGCACUGAGGAGCUGCAGGACGAGAACCUGGCUCUGUCUUUGGCUCAAAGGAGGUUAAUGGAGGAGUCCCAGCACCUGGGCUGGGAGUUAGACCAGCUUACCAAGACCACUGAGAGCUCUCAGGGCCACCAGACUCUGAGCGACGAGGUGAGUGAGAGGACCUGCAGUCGCAUGCUGAAGCUGGAGAAGGAGAACCAAAGUCUCUCAAAGACCAUAGAGGAACUGAGAGCUGCCUCCAUUAACAAUAACACACGGACGAAACAUGGCCACCGCCUUGAGCGUGAUGUCUUCCAGGAGACCUGUAGCAUCGGCAACCUUAACUUAGGGGAACCCACAUACUGUCAUCAGCUAUUCCCUGCAGAAGAUCUGGAGCAAGUCCAGAGUGAAAUCCUCCUCACAGAAAAUCCAGACCUUCUUGCGCGGGAGAAAGGACAGCUAGAGGACGUGGACCAAGGAGACCAUUCAAAAGAAGGGAUGUCUGAUCUGAAGGUCUUAGAAAACAAUCACAAUAGGCGCCAUUGUUUUGUUGGGUCGCGUGAUCACUCCCCGGGCUCAAAGGACUGCAGUCCCUGCCAUGACAGCAUCUUCAAAGGUCUGCCAACACAUUCCUCCUAUGCCAGAAAGCACACACAACUGGAGGCCAAGUGCAGGGCCUUGGACCUUGAGAGGACAAUUCAGCGUCUAGAGGCAGAGGUUCAGGAGCUGGAGGCAGAGAACCAGAUUCCGCAGGCCAAUUUUGAAGAAAUUCGGAUCUCCGCGCGGCGCCUGGAGCAACUGGAAACAGAUAAGCAAAGUCUGGAGCAGGAAACCACAACCUUCGAGCGGGAAAAGAGGCAUCUAGAGAAAGAGAAUCGGGGUCUCCGCCAGCAGGCUGAGAUCCAGGAAGCCAAUUUAGACAGCAGCAAUGUGAGCAUGGCCGGCCUGGAAAGGGAGAUGCCUUUUCUAGUGAAGGAGGUGGAGGGGACUGCUGAGAGGGUCAAAGGCCUGGAGAGAGACAACCGAGAACUGACCAAGCAAGCCGCUAUCGACCAGAGGACCCUGGCCACCCUCCGGGAGGAGCUGGUCAUCGAGAAGCUGAAGACCCAGCAGAGAGAACUGCUGUCGAUGGUCCAUGAUUUUGAAAUGAGGGUCCUCAACCAGGAGAGUGUGCAGCAGGCUGAAGAGGAGGCCCCAGACAACAGGAGGUUCAAGAUGCAGGAGUCAGAAUUAGAGUCGUCUCUGAAAAAAUCUCUUCGGAUUAAAGAUGACAAGAUGGCAGCGUUAGAGCCGCGUCUGCUGGAAUCCUCCACCCUGAGCCUAGAGCUCAAGACUGUGAGGCUGAGCUAUGAGGCCUUGCAGCAGAGGCUGGAGGAAGAGUGGACGGCGUCGAGUUCCACCCCGCCCCGAGAGACUGGCAAGGCAAUGGGCGAAUGGCUUCGUGAAAGCCAGGAGGCCACCAAGGAACUGCUGAAGCUCAAAGACCAUCUCAUUGAAGUGGAGAGGAAUAAUGCCACACUUGAGGCAGAGCGCCAGGCAAUGCAGGCCCAGCUGAGGCAGCUGGAAAAUCAGUCCGACAGUCAGCAGGCUCAGGUCCUCGCCCUGCAGAGGCAGGCCGCCACACUGCAGGAGAACAACACAGCCCUGCAGACACUCAACGCAAACCUGCAGGUGGAGAAAUACACACUGAACUCACAGAGUGCUUCCCUCAUGGCCCAGAAUGCUCAGCUGCAGCAGCAGCAGUCAGGAACAGAAAGCGAGCGGGACAAUGCCACGCGGGAACUUGAGGAGCUGCGCGCUGUUCAGGAGCAGCUGUUAAGAGAUCACAAGCUGCUGGCGGAGCUGCAUGAAUGGCAGACCAUGGAUUACGAGGCCCUGAUAGACAAGCAUGGCUGUUUGAAAAAAGCCCAUUUCGCGCUGACGCUGGAGUAUCGUACCAUGCAGGACAGCCUGUUGCAGCAACGGACCAAGCUAGAAGAUCUGGAGAAAGUUCUGAAGGAGGAGCAGAUGAGGAUGGCUUUGGAGAAAGAGCAGAAUAGGACCACCGCUGCUGAGUGCUGCAGGCUCCGCGAUGAGAAGGACCGGCUGAACCUCACGUACCGUCAGCUUGUUAACGACAAGGAGUCACUGACGGCCGAUCAUAAAGAGCUGAAGAGCCAGCUGAACGAGGCCAAGCUGGAGCACACCUGGUUGGAGGCGGACUUUUCCAAACUCAAGAAGGAGUUUCAGCAGCUGAACAUCACCUCCACGAAGCUCACCAACCAGUGUGAGCUGCUGAGCCAGUUGAAGGGCAACCUGGAGGAAAAGAGUUGCCUCCUGCUCGGCCAGAUCGAGACCCUCAUGCUACAGAACCGAACCCUGCUGGAGCAGACUAUGGAGAGCAAGGAUCUGUUUCACGUUGAAGAGCGACAGUAUAUUGACAAGCUUAAUGAUUUGAGGAGACAGAAGGAGAGGCUGGAAGAAAAGAUAAUGGACCAGUACAAGUUUUAUGAGCCAUCGCCUCCACGUCGACGUGGAAACUGGUUUGCUUUAAAAAUGAAGAAGUUGAUUAAGUCGAAUAGCCAUGAGCAUGGACCCGACCGCCCACCGACCCCCACGCACUCAGGCGUCGCUGAGCUGCACCUCUCCAACUCCUCCAUCGGCGCUGACGGCUCUGGAGCCUCGGGCGCCACCUCAGCAGGUGAUGCCGUCUCACCCCAACGUAACAGCACCACCAAAAUGUUUCCCCGUAUGAGGAACAGGCUGAAGGACAGAAAAAAAGUCAAGUCCCUCUUCCAGCGUUCUAUGUACAAGGAUGCAAAUGAUGGCGCUGUGCCAUCUGGAUCUGAGGACAACGGCGAGCUGCAAAAUCACGGGAUGAAUGGCGUGGAGAGUCGAGCCCAGAGCGAGAGCAGUGGUGAGUUCACUGUGAGCCUGGAGAAUGAGCCGUGGUCGAAUGGCAGCAGCCCUGUCCAGCAGCCCCCGUCACGUUGCUCCUCCUCCUCCUUCCAGUCCCCCAGCGACACCUCCACCCCCCAACACACACGGAAGCAGCACAAGGAAGAGGAAACUGCUACCAUGCCCUUCACCAACAGCCCACGUUCAGUUAUCCAGUCCUUACCAAAACAGAAAAAUCCUGUGAUUUCUGAGGACUUCUGGCUCACAAAGGGUACAAAGAGCAUCCAAAGGGGGUCAAGAGGGAAAGUGACACGUCGGUCCUCAGAUUCAGCUGGCGCCGUCAAAACAAACCCAGGGCUCAAUGGGAUAACUUCAAACUCGUCCUCUAACAAAGCUGAAACAACCCGGGCCUUAGCUUGUUCACCUAUCACAGUGCUGUAUGUUCAGGGCAAAUCUUCCUCAAUGUCUGGCUGCCUCAACUGCUUCUCCACCCCUCUCGGGAAAGAGUGGCGAGGGAAGGGGUCAAGGUUGCCGAAAAGUCUCCCCCGAGCCAGCGGUGUCAUUUCCACCGCGGAAGGAUCGUCCCGACGCUGCAGUGUAAAUAGUGACUGCAGGGUGACCGUCAAGACUGACCCGCUCUCCAUUCAGGUGUCAGAUAACGGCAGUAAACGGGUGGAAGCCCCGAGUCAACCUGAACCUGAGGCGAAUAACAGUGAGCCUGACCCAAUGCCUCCUGUCAAACCUCCCAGAGACCCAACAGUUGUUCCCACAGACAACCCCAAAUCUCCCGGGAAGGAGUCCCUUCUUGGCUCUUCUUUCACUUUCCAAUCGGUCUUCUCCAACACCAUUUUCAGUGAAUCUGUGGUCACGACCAUGACCGGUUUGGAGACCCUUGAAAACAACCAGAUAUCUCCCUGUCCGAAUCCAUCUCUGGUCCAAAAUGGUCCCCUGGAGAGCCAGGAGUCGUCUCCUAACGAACCACAAACGUUGCUCGGCGUGGUUGAUGAGCAGAGUCAAAAUGCAGAACACGCACCUGCGCAGGAGGAGCAUGACGAGCCCCUCACGAGUGCAUGAAAGCAGCCGUCACAUAAUUGAAUAUUGUGUAGUUGAAUACAUGUGGUAUCUGCAAGGCCACUUUUCAUCACGUCAACAGAAGCACACAAUUAAGAGUCGCUGUAAUGUAGUAAGUAUGAAUGCCUGAGCACAACAUAUGCCUAAAGGGUAUUUUUAGGAUAUUCUUUCCCACACAGAUGUUGUAUCAUUCGUUGUAUACCUGAGUAAUAGUUCACAGUAUUAUCUUUCCAUUUGGGUUCCAUUCUGGUUGUCUUUUUGGACAAUUCGGUUUCAUACAACUUAAUAAAGUAUGGAUCAAUGCCCUUCUUUUGCCCAUUUUAAAUUAAAUUGUUAGGACAUGAACCUGUUUACUUUACCACAAUGAAAAUCAUGUGAUGUAACAUUUGUGUUUGCCAAAAUUUGACUAAUUUUUGCUUUUUAUAUUUAUCUGUUAUGUCUGAUUUUUCUAAGUUAUUACGUGUUGAUUUCUGUGUCUGUAAGAUUUAAAUGUGAGCAUUGGGUAAAUGUGACAUUCAUAUCUGUGAAACUGUAAAUCUUGUAAAUUAGGAUGUGUACCUGAAUGCUAUUUUACCUUAAAUAAAGAAACCCUCUAUGCAUAAUA